CCCUCUCUCUCUCUCUCUCUCAGGGUCGCUGUUCCAGAGAGAACUGCAAGUAUCUGCAUCCUCCUCCGCACUUGAAGACUCAGCUGGAGAUAAACGGGCGUAAUAACCUGAUCCAGCAGAAGAACAUGGCCAUGCUGGCCCAGCAGAUGCAGCUCGCCAACGCCAUAAUGCCCGGGACACAGCUGCAGCCCAUGCCCAUGUUCUCGGUCGCGCCCAGCCUGGCCAGCAGCCCCAGCGCUGGGGCCUUCAGCCCCUACCUGGGCCCCAUGUCGCCCAGCCUGAUGCAGGCCGAAAUGAUGCCCAGCGGCCCCAUGCUGGUCACCGGUAGCCCUCCCAUGCCCAACACUGCCGCCGCCGCCCACCAGAAGCUCAUGAGGACAGACCGGCUGGAGGUGUGCCGGGAGUUCCAGCGGGGGAACUGUUCCCGGGGGGAGACGGACUGCCGCUUCGCCCACCCGGCCGACAGCACCAUGAUCGACACCAACGACAACACGGUGACGGUGUGCAUGGACUACAUCAAGGGCCGCUGCUCCAGGGACAAGUGCAAGUACUUCCACCCGCCCGCCCACCUGCAGGCCAAGAUCAAGGCCACCCAGCACCAGCUCAACCAGGCUGCAGCAGCGGCCGCCAUGACUCAGUCGGCUGUCAAAUCACUGAAGCGACCCCUCGAGGCAACCUUUGACCUGGGAAUGCCGCCUUCGGUCUUACCGCCGUUACCAAAGAGACCUGUGCUUGAAAAAACCAAUGGUGCCACGCCCUUGUUUAACACUGGAAUGUUCCAGUACCAACAGGCCCUUGCCAACAUGCAGUUUCAACAGCACACUGCCUUUAUACCAUCAGGCUCAAUAUUGUGCAUGACGCCCGCAGCAAGUGUUGUUCCCAUGAUGCACGGUGCUACGCCAGCCACUGUGUCCGCAGCAACCUCGUCUGCCACAAGUGUUCCCUUCGCAUCCGCCACAGCCAAUCAGGACUCUCCCUUAUCAAAGUUGGCUACCCACGAAUACAUGCACUUGAUUCCAAUAAUAUCUGCCGAUCAUCUGACUAGUCAUAAGUACCUGACUCAGAUGUAGGAGUUCUGUCAGAACAAUCACUUGACAAUGUAUGGUUGCCUGGUGGGGAAGAUGGAUCGAACGUGGAGAACAUUGUGGGAUUGGACACGAAUAAAGUAAAAAAAGAAAAAAGCAAGUUGAACCCCCCCCCCCCCAACUCCCCACACCUCCUCAGCUGGUGUCCCAUCCCACCUCAUACAUGCAAACACAUGCAAACAUUGGGGGGGGGGGGUGGAUGGCAGGCAGAGGGAGUUUGUAGGCCACACACGCCACCUUUACAUGAUCUGUACAAGCCACCCAUACACGUGUCGUCUCCAGGCCAACCCUAUGGCUGAAAAAAAGCAUGUUGUUUACAUGGUGGUCAGCCUUUCUGUUAGCUGUGGGUGGCACACGUGCACACACACACACACACACUCACACACACACACACACACACGUGCACACACACAUACACACGUGCACACACACACACACACACACACAAGAAAAAUGUACUUAAAAGUCCUCUGCUGUGCCGUAUGCAGCGUGCCAGGCUUGGCUGUGGUGUUGCUGCACCUACAUGUACACAGUGUUGGUACGUCAUUAGACUGAGAGCUACUUCUCUCUCUCUCUUUUCUUUUUUUUCAUUUUAAUUUGUUGAGUUUUAAUGGUUUACAAAAUAACACAGAUGCACCUUGUGUUUAGAUAAAAAAAAAUUUAAAAAAACCUGAUAAAGUAUAAAAAAAAAUAAAAUAAAGAAAAAAUAAUACAAAAAAAAACAACAAAAAAAUACCUAGAGCCAUAUUAGAUAAAAACCAUCACACAGGCACAGUAUUCUAAACUAGAUCUGGUGUGCUAGAUUGUAAACAGAGGCAAAAAGACAGAUGAAUGUUCUUUUUUUAAAUUUUUUUUUUUACUUUUUUGGUCACACACACACACACACACACACGAUUUUUAAAAAGCACAUCUGAGUUUUUACUGACCAUGUUGGCUUCACACAUCGAAGUGCCAUAGACUAUACAUCCAAGAGAAAUAUAUCGUGAUAUGUAUCGUGAUAAGUCAGAGAGUGUUAUUCCUGCAGUGUUAUUUCGUUUACCCUCAACCGACAGGUUUCUCACUUUUUGUUUUGUCAUUUUUGUACAUUUCUCUCUCUCUCUCUCUAUUUUGUGUUAGUUCCAUUAUGAUUAUUAUUAUUAUUUUUAUUAUUAUUUUUCUCUUUACGCGCCUAUGAUUUUUUUUGGCGGGAUCCCUCUCACGUUGUCGCACAGAAGUCCCCCCGGCAGCGCUUUCCUCUUCAGUUUGAGGUCAGAAAAGCAGCACGUCCUUUUUUCCCGCCUUUUUUCCCCCACUGUUCUUUCGGUUUUCCCUCACCCCCAUACACCCCCCACCCAUUUUUUUUUUUUUUUUUUUGGCGUGCUGGGCGUGGCUUUGCCCUUUCGUCAGUCCUGUGCGAAGGAGAAGUCCCCGGACUCUAAACGUCUUGCUUGAAAAACUCCCCGGAGCUCUAAGCUCCACUUCAUUGCAGUCCUGCUGCAGCCAGUGGGACUCUAAAAAGCUAAAAAAAAUAAAUAAAUAAAUAAAUAAAAAAAAGACGCUCUUUCCAAAAAAAUUAAUAAAUAAAAACCAUAAACCAAAACAGAGUCAGGGGCAAGGUGCAAAGGAUGGGAUGUGUAUCUCUUUAAAAAAAAAAAUUUAAUAUGUGAUUUUAUUUUGGUGAUUAUAUUAGUAUUGUUUUAUUGUUGUUAUUUUUUAAGGAGUACAUGUGUAAAAAAGGCCUGAGACGGCCUUUUCAAAAUGAAUACAGGAAAAAAAAAAAAAAAAAGUAUACUUUUUUUUAAAAUAGAUGUGUGUUCUGUAAUUAUAAGUUCUGCCAAAGGUGUUUUUUUUUGGUCUUUUUUUGUAAGGAUUGUUUGAUUGACAGGCUGGGGUUGGAUAGCGGAGCUGUUGUUGGUUGGUCUGCUGAUGAAUGGCCAAAUUCCAGAGGGUUUCGUGUAAGGAAGUGGGAGAGAUUCUGUUGUAGAACCCUCUGCACUUCCCCAAAUGCACUAUGGGUAGCUCAGUUUGACUCUGAUGCUUGCCCUACAAAAGAAGUCAUAUAGGUUCAAAUAUAAAAUCCAAAAUGUAACUCGCCUUUUUAAUUGUGUCAAAAUAGACAGCACAUAUUUAGUGAUAUGUUAUUGCCACAAGCCUACAUUUAUACAUAUAUAUAUUUUUUAUUUUAUGCAUGUAUUGCACAAAUAUAGAAUAAAAUCAAAUAUACGGUGAUUGCACAGUGUAUGCAUACGAUUGUGAAUAUCAAAGUGGCAAAUCGUUUUGCGUGCCAUGUUUUGACACGCAUUAAAAAAAAGAUAUUCCUUAUAUUUUGGAUUUCAUGUUUUGUUAUCUAUUGCCAUAUUUUACUUUUUUCUUAGGGUGUUUGUGGUGCAGGGAUGAGGUGUACAUUUACAGAUUUUGUUCUGUACCACUGUUAAAGCCUUAGAUUUCAACAUGGGUUCAGUCCAUGUCAUUUCAAUCAUGACGUGAGUGUGGGUGACAAAAUGUCUGAACGUUUUAUCACAGGUCUUACUCAGAAAUGUGUCUUUUAUUUUCCUUGUCAUCGCAUUUAUUGUUUUUUUUUUCUGUUUUACCUGUCUCUCUCAUUUCAUUUGAAAAUAUUUUAUGUAUCGCCAUGGUUGGUUGUAAUAUUUAGUGGUUUUUAGUCUUACUGUGUUUUACUUAAUAUGAUCGUAUGACAUUUAUAGAUUACAAAGUAUAUAGACCCCCCCCCCUCCCAUAUUCAUAGUUCUGGAUUUAUUUCUAGUGUGGGUUUAAGUAUUCCUCUUGUUACUGUUCAUUAAGGGUUUUUAUUUGUAGUGAAAUGUAUGUUUGUCUCACAUUGUUCCUGUCUGUUGAAAUUCUUAGAACAAAAGCUCAUUUAUAUUGAUAUAUCUUACAACUAGGAAAGAGAGAGGUCUAAUUGUUGCUGUAGCAACAAGUCUGGCUGACAAUUGAAUAUUUCAACUUUUUUAAAAAACUUGUCACUAUUAUGGGAUAAAAUAUAGAUAACACUGUUAAAAAAUCAAAGUUAUCAGAGUAUAAAAGUUAUUUUCUACUGUAUCCAUUAAAGAAAUAAUCUAUUGCUUACAUAUUUCUGAAAUCCCUGGAUGCAGGCUUGUUAAAAAGAAAAUUUAAAAACGGCGUCAUCGGCGACUCUGGGGCUUUUAAAGUAAACCUACGCUGAACGGAGGCGACCGAGCGCCGGUUGUGCUGCGAACGAGUCAGACGAAGGGACGAAGGUUGACUUUUUGCACUUCUGUAUAUAGUGAAAAAGAGAGAUUAAAAGUGUAUAAUAUUGAGAUCUUAUUUUGAAUAAAAAAAAGUCUAUAUAUGGAAUUUUGCUAGGUUAAUUUAAAAAUAAAUUAAAAUUAAAAGUCCUGCUCAAACAGAAUUGCUUGCAGACGCGUCGCAGGGUUGAUCUGCUCCUUUCAGAAAAGGCGAACACGUUCCUCUUGCUUUUGUGACAGUGGCUUAUUAUUCGCCAGGAAUCCUCCAGCAUAUUAGAAACUGCACUCGUAAAUUUUGACCCAACAGGGUUCCCUUACCUGGAGUAGCCAGAACGCCGCAAACGUUUCGCGAAUUGGCUGGUGGGAGACUGAGUCCGGUACUUGUCGAACGCUUUUUUAAUGUUUCACGCCGUUGACUUGACCUCCCUUUAUGCGCUCCGUCACCCACUUUGUGAUGUUGUUUCAUUUGAAUGCAUCCCUGCUAUAGCACAGCUGUUGCGGUGCUACACUCUGAUGGGCCCAGCCGUAGCAUACAAGUUUUUUUUCUCUCCAUCAUUUAUUGCAUAGCCUGCAUACAGACAUUUAUUUGCAUGUUAUAAAACAAAAAACAACACAUUAAAUGAAAUACCACGUGUUAUACCACAGUAAAUAUUUAAGGUAAACAGCAUAAUAUCAGUAUAAUGGGCUUAGAAAUAGGUUUAAAAUAAAAUAAACAUUGGUUUUUUAUCAUCCCUUAGGGGAAAUGAAGUCUAUUUUUCGUGUUUCAAGGCACUCUCAAUGCGAUCGACUCUGAUUUGCCAAACACCUGCAUGUGACGCGUCAGAGCCGAUCCGAUUAAACUGUGUUGGUGUCGCUUUAAAACCACGACCACAACGAAAAACAACAGAAAAUCCCGAACGCUCCAUUACCCGUAGACUAAUAGGCUAGUAAAGACAGAUAUAGGUGCAUUAUAGGUGCCGAAGUAAAGUAACAAUGUGCCCGUUAUCUGGCUACUGUACUUUCAGCAGAUGAGAUUAGAAAAAAAAUAACAGUGCGUAGUUUCUGCGAAGAAUACAUUACUUGUAUCCUAACGUGUUUCUCGAAAUCCGACAUGCCAAAGCAUCGUUCCCCCCCCCCCCCGACAGAAUCGGCAAAAUUUUUCGGUGGUUUGCUCUGGCCGAAAAAGUUUUCUAGACAAAACCCGAAUUAUCUCCUUUCAUCUGCUGGAAGUACACAACGCCAAGGGGUUUUAAUUCUGUGCAAUCAGAGACUUACAUUUUCGCUUGUAGUUGCUAUAAAAUAAUGUAUUCUGUCUUCAGCUGCAAUUUGUUUUGUGCUAAUUUUAUGAUUACUGCUAUAUUUGAUUCUUGCUGUUAUAAAAAAAACCAAAUAAAACAAAAUAAAAGCGGAUCUGCUCAAAAAAUGUUUAA